GUUCGUACAGGAACUGAGGCCUCACUGGAGCGCGUAGAGUGUGUUCUGUCCCACUCCGAGUUAGAGAUAAGCUGGCCCCUUCUUGCAGCAAGUGAAUUGGCUCUCGCCAUGGAGCUGCCGCUCUCCCCUCCGCGCGCCCACGCCGCUCUCCUCGCCUGCAGUUCCACUCCCAUCGUCUUCGGACACCGCUCCCAUUCCGCUCCUGGGAGCAGCCGCGCACGCCCGCUCCUCGCCCGCAGGAGCAAGAAGUACCGGAGCGACGAGGACGCCGCCGCGGAGCCCAAAAUCAUCACCCUCGGGCGGCCGGGGAAGAGCCGGCGGCGCCGCAACAGGAAGCAGAAGCUAGACGAAGACGAGGAAAGCGACGAGUGGAAGGAGGAGCAGGAGGAGGAGGAGGGUGAGGAGGACGAGCGGGACGCGGCGAUCCCGGAGGUGGUGACGAACCGGAUGAUGCGGCGCGUCGGGGUGUCGGUGGGCGCGCCGCUGGCGCUGGGCGUGGGGUUCUUCCCGGUGUUCUACUACCUCAAGGCGGUGGCGAAGGUGGACGUGCCGACGUGGAUCCCCUUCGGCGUGUCCUUCGUCUUCUUCGGCGCCGCGCUGCUGGGGGUCAGCUACGGCAUCGUGUCCGCGAGCUGGGACCCCGCCAGGGAGGGCUCCCUGCUCGGAUGGAACGAGGCGCGCCGCAACUGGCCCGUCUUCUGGGACUCGCUCCGGGGCCGCUCCCCUCCGCCUCCUCCCCCGCGCCGGGGAUAGGCUACACCAUUUUCCGUCGUUUCGUUCGUUUUCUUGCAGUAGAUUUAGAUUGUUUUUGCGCUUAUCCUGUAAUCUACCCUUGGCUAUGUGCACUAGUGUUUGCAUACAUGUCGAUUGCUCGCA